AUGACUUCCCAGCAACCCCGUGGCCGUCUCGCAGGCAAGAACGCCGUCAUCACCGGCGCUGGCGGUGGUAUUGGUCUUGAGACAUCCAUCCUCUUCGCCAAGGAGGGCGCAUCGGUUCUCAUGUCCGAUGUUUCCCAGCCUGCCCUUGAGAAAGCUGCCGCAAAGGUCAAGCAGCUUGUCCCCAAUGCGGCCCGCAUCGAGAUCCUGAAAGUCGACGUCUCCAAGGAAUUAGAGGUUCAGGCCAUGAUCGAGUCCGUUGAUUCCUGGGGCGGAAUCGACGUCCUCUUCAACAACGCCGGUAUCAUGCACGCCAAAGAUGACGAUGCUGUCAACACCCCCGAGAACAUCUGGGACCUCACCCAGAACAUCAACGUCAAGGGUGUCUGGUUUGGCUGCAAGCACGCCGUCCUCUCCCUCCGCCGACACAACAAGACCAGGGCCUCCAUCAUCAACACCGCCUCCGUCGUCGCUUUGGUCGGCGCUGCCACACCCCAGCUCGCCUACACCGCCAGCAAGGGCGCCGUCCUCGCUCUCACCCGUGAACUCGCCAUGGUCCACGCGCGCGAGGGUUUCCGCUUCAACAGCUUGUGCCCUGCGCCGCUCAACACACCUCUUCUUCAGGACUGGCUUGGUGAUGAUCAGGCCAAGCGCCACCGACGUGAGGUGCACUUCCCCAUGGGACGCUUCGGCGAGGCCAUUGAGCAGGCUCAUGCGGUUGUAUUCCUGGCUAGCGACGAGUCGAGCUUUGUCAAUGGCCACGACUUCGCGGUUGAUGGCGGUAUGACCAAGGGCUAUGUCACUGCUGAGGGCCCUGCGCAGGCUCCUCCUCAGAACAACGCUUCCAGGGAUUCAUUGUAA